AUGGAGGACCUGCCAGCAUUCGGAAAAGCCAUUGCUCAAGUCUUGUUGCCUACGUACCAGGUAUACACGCCAUUGCUGCUCAAGCAAGCCGAAAAGAUCAAAUCGACAUCACGUCAGACGUUCAGUUAUGGCAAGCAUCCACGGCAGCAGUUGGAUCUCUACACUCCCACGUUGACGACCGAUUCCAAGAUCGGCAAUUCUGUCCUGAUAUUCUUGUAUGGUGGAGGAUUCGUCCGAGGCGAUAAAAUCAACCCGAAUUUCCCUGAGGGUCUGGUGUAUGCCAAUGUGGGCCAUUUCUUUGCGGAAAGCCUGGGAGUCCGAGUCAUCAUCCCGGAUUACCGACUCACCUCUCAUGAUGCGGUGUUCCCUUCUGGCGGCCAGGACUUGGAACUGGUUAUUAAAUGGGUCGAGGAGCAGAUGCGCGUCAAUAUAUCGAGCCCAACAAACGUAUACAUCAUGGGCAACUCGGCUGGAGGCGUUCACUUGGCAACUUAUCUCCUUGCUCCCGAAUUUCGCGCACUUCGCCAAAAGUCCCUCACAGGAGAUACUUCUUAUUUGAAGCUUAAGGGUGUCAUAUUCCUUUCAGCCCCCUUCCACUUCGACGGGGCAGUGGCAGAAAGAGCACAAACUCUCCAAGCAUAUUUCGGCAACCACGUCCGGAAUCACUCCCCUCUAGGGCUGCUGAGAGCGUCCAAGGAAGAUGGAUCCAUCAAUGAACUGAAAGGAGUUCCGGUUAUGGUGCUUUAUGGCGGACUUGAUCCGGAAAACGAGAUACUGACGCCGAAGAAUGAUUUCGUCAAAGAGUGGAUUGAGACCGACGCUGUAGCUAACGAGUUGACGGUCCUCAAGAUGGAAGGCCACAAUCACAUCAGCCCUGUCUUGGGCUUGGGGACGGGAAUCUCCCACGAAGAAGCCUGGGGUCGGCAGGUGGUCGAGUUCAUUAUAUCAGCCGCUUCCAAGCGUUGA